ACCCUUCUAGUUGCUUUAUUCUGGAAGCAAAAGAAACAAAAGAACAGAAAAUUUUUAUACAGAGAUCAAAUGGCUGGUGAAUAAUAAGCAAAGUGCAAGAUUGUACCUGAUAAAAAUUAAAAACCAGAAACCAAGGACUUGAAUUGUUAUUCGCAAUUCUGACACUUUCUAAAAAUAAUCCCAAUUACUCCCAAAAUCAUGGCAUUGGCGGCAGCUGUAUCCAUUUUGAUAAAAAAUCUACUAACUAUCCUCGAUGAUAAAGAACUAAACAGUCCAAGGUUGAAGAAAGAAGUUAGCAGUGCCAAGGCUAAGUUAGAACAUGUCCGAACACUCUUAACAGAGGCAGAGGCAAAGCAAAACACUAAACAAACAGUCAGUGUUGAUAAAUUGGAGACUAGGCUUCUAAAACGUGUUUACUCCUCAGAUGACAUGAUUGAGUCCUUCUGUAUAAGAACAGAACUGCAGAGAAGGAAGUUUUUAUGUAAAGUGCGUCCUUUCACCCAAUUACUGUUGCUGCAGAGCCAAUCUCUUACUCGAAAUAUGAAGGAAUUUGUGCGAGAGAUUGAUGUUGCAUGCACUGAAUGUGAAGAUCAGCGAGAAGGAACUCUGGAGAAUAAAUUUGCCACUCAAUCAAGCUUUUCAAAAGUAGAUGGUGGGGAUCAAGAUACCACUAAAUCAAGCAUUACAAAGGAAGAAGCUGAGCAAAUUGCUUCAAAUGAAGAUCAUGUGCAUCCCGAUGGAGAAAGCAGUCCAAAUGAACAACCUGCAAAAGCAUAUCAAGCGGAUAUUCAGCCUGCUAGUCGUGUUGAGCCAAGCAGCGCAGAAGUUAGACGAAGUGUUUCAGAUCAAAAACUAGCGCGAAGUCCUGAGCCAAACUCACAGCAAACUGCAGCUGAACUAAGCUCACAACAGCCCGCAGCUGACCCAAGCUCACAACAGCCUGCAGCUAAACCAACCGGUGCAGAAGCUGAAGCGACAAUUUCUGAUGAAAAAGACAACGUCCAAUACGUGAAACCAAACAUUCCAAGUGAACCUGGAGCAGAAAUCAAUGAAACAACCAUAUCAGAAGAAAAGAGACCGCAGCAGUUGCCAUUAAUUCCAGGCUUAGAUGACGAUUCAGACUUUAUUGGCCGAAAGGUUCAAGCAGAUGAGUUAACUGAAGUAAUCCGUAACCACCACAAGUUGCGUUUUCUUAUUUCAGUGGUGGGUGCUGCUGGCUCUGGGAAGACAACUUUUCUGAGGAACAUUUAUAACAAAGCAGAUAUUGUGCAGAACUUUCAAUUACGUGCUUGGGUUAAUGUUUCUGAAGAGUUUCCAGAGACAGUCAUCCCCGAUGAUGUUGAGCACAAGAAAAAAAAUCUCUUGAUUGAUAUACUGAGACAAGUUGCAGCAAUCAAAGAGGAGGAGAAGCUGCCUCUUGACAAACUGGAGGAGAAGGUUCGUGAUUUUUUUAUCCGCAAGAGGUUUCUAAUAGUUUUGGAUGAUGUCAAGACUUCUGUUAUGUGGGAAAGCGUCAAGCGCACCUUUCCAAACUCAUUAAAUGGCAGCAGGAUGAUUCUCAUUACUCGUGAUGACAAGAUAGCAGCAGAGAUGAAUGAUCAGGGGUUCCCUCCAGUUAAGUUGCUCAAUUUAGACAUUGAUGAAAGUUGGGCUUUGUUUUUGAAGAAAGUAGGCCAAAAAGAAGAAGGAAUAACUGAUGAAUCCUUGAAACAGUUAAUUUUCGAUAAAUGCAAGGGUCUACCUCUUGCAAUUGUUGUGCUAGGAGGUCUCUUAUCCACUAAAGAUCCAGGCAGUUGGUCAAAAAUGGUUGACCGCUUAAGUUUUGGUGAUGAUCCUUCCAAAGCUAUCUUGGCGUUAGCUUAUCAAGAUCUUGCAUCUGAGUUAAAGCCUUGUCUUCUAUAUUUAGGCCUUUUUCCUAAAGAUCAUGAGAUUUCUGUUCGGAGGUUGUUCCGGUUGUGGGCUGCUGAAGGAUUCGCCACUCCAACAAAAGAAGGAGAAACCCCUGAAUUUCUGGUUGAGAAAUAUUUACAGGAUUUGAUCCAAAGAAACAUGAUAGAUGUUUCAAAGUGGAGAUCAGAUGAAAGCCCCAAAAGGUGUCGAGUUCCUGGUAUUCUCUACGAUAAUGUCUUUCCAAGUGCUGCAGAGAUUGGAUUUUUUCAUGUGCUUCGUAGCCUAAACUAUGAUCAACAGUGCAACAUCAGGAGGGUUGCUGCAUAUCUUGAUAUCAGUAAUCCUGUUCUGGAUCGUUGGGUUUAUAAUUUACGGUCUUAUAUAUCUUUCAACACCCGAAAAGGAGAUACACCUGCAGAUGAAAUUGACAGGUUUAUCAACAAGAUUAUAGUGAAAAGAGGCUUUGGAUUGCUCACUGUACUUGACCUAGAAAAUGUCUAUAAACCAGUUUUAACUGAGACAAUAGGAAAACUGAUCCAUCUAAGUUACCUAGGCUUGAGAUGGACAUUUCUUGAUUCCAUCCCAAAUUCUGUAGGUGACUUGCCUAGCUUAGAAACUCUUGAUGUGAAGCACACUAAUGUCACUUCCUUGCCAAUUUCCAUCUGGAACUCAAAGAAGCUAAGGCAUCUUUACAUGAAUGAGAUUUAUUUGGAUGUGUCCCUCCAAAAGCCAUUCGCUAGUCGAUCUUUGGGCAGUCUUUUGACAUUGUGGGGACUAAUAAUAGGGAAAAAGAGCCUUGGAGAAGAUUGGUUCAACAGGCUGAAACGCCUGACGAAACUUGGACUCACAUGCCAUUUUGAAUCACUUGGGCAGGUGACUAACUGGAUUUCUAAGUCGACUCAACUUCGAGCCCUCAAGUUAAGGUCCAUCGAUGAAUUUAGUCGACCUGCAGACCUGGAGUUAGGUACCAUGAACCAGCACAAACUUCUUUCCGAAUUGUAUCUGCUUGGAAAGUUAUCACAGGCAAUUGAUGACUAUCUGCUUCCACAAAGUCUCAGGAUGCUUACUUUAUCAGUAUCACAACUAAAGAAUGAUCCCAUGCAGUACUUAGGACAGCUACCUCAUCUGAAAGUUCUGAGACUUUUUGCUCGCUCUUACUUAGGGAGUGAGAUGACUUGUCAUGCCAAAGGGUUUCCGGAACUUCGAGUCUUGAAAUUGUGGAUGCUUGAGAAACUGGAGAAAUGGACCGUUGAGGAAGGCUCCAUGCCUUUGCUUAAGGAAUUGGAGAUUAGACGCUGUGAAGCACUGAAGGAAACUAGCGGUUUGCAAAACCUGACAACUCUGAAGGAACUGACCCUCACAAAUAUGCCCAACGACUUUGUAGCAAAGAUUGAAAGCAGCAUGGAGGGAAUUUCAGGAAGGAAAGUGGCAGUUACUGUCAAUAAAUUCCAUUUCGCUCCUGUGCCAAAGUAACAAUUGAGGCAGCUGGAUGCAUCCCAAAAUGGAUAGAAAGACUGCUCUGAUGAAAAUUGGUUUACAGUUACGCGAAAUGGUGUCAUCAGUACUGAAAUAUAAAGCAUGAUUCUGCCACUUCCUAUUGAGAUGAUUGCUGCUGCAUCGUUUAUUUAUUUUAUUUUUUAAAUUCUCCUGCCUUCUGAUUGUAUUUUCCUGAUUUCUAUAAUUUAUGUUGUAAUAGAAACAUAAUUGUAUCGUAAUAAAGUGUGUUUGAAUUUUUAGA